CUUCCGUUGCCUCGACUGAUGAAAGAAAGCCAGAAAAACAGAACAUCUCACCCCGAAGAAGCCACUUUCCGUGGUUGUGAGUUGUUGCCAUUUUAAAAUAAAGCAGGAUUCAAAACUAUACAAAUGAGGUUUCGGCAGAAAUUCAGUUCCUGUUUCCCAGCCAGACUGCCUGUGGCAUGGAGUUGGAGAGCAGCGAUCAAGCUGUGGUUAUGAGAGAUGACAACAAGCGACGCAGGAGGAGGAGGAUGAAGCCCUACUGUACAGCCAACACGUUGUCAUCAACGGAACUCAUCUCUAUCGAGUUUGUUUUCCCCGCAACCAGCAUCGUACUCGACAUCCCUACCAACUGCACGGUGGAGCAGAUGAAAGCCCAAGUCUGGAUGCGGGCAGUGGAAGGCCACCAGACCUCAGACCUCUUCCGCAAGAUCACGCCGGAUCAAUUUCUCCUCCUGUAUCAGAAGAAGGGCCAGUGGUACGAAAUCUACGACAAGCACCAGAUCAUACAGACCCUGGAUUGUAUCUUAUAUUGGAAAGUCUUGCAGAAGAAAGUGGGCAAGAUCCACGUGGUGGAGAAGCCCAACCCCUCCGAGGAAGUGCAAGAGUUCCAAAAGCGGCUCAAUUAUUUGAUUGGCUACGACGUCACCGACGUGAGCAACGUGCACGACGACGAGCUCGAGUUUGCCCGCCGUAGGCUGGUCACUCCGCGGACGAUUGAAGUCUCCUGCCGAGAUCCAAAAUUGUAUUCCAUGCCCGUUUGGACUACAUCCAAGCCGCUUCCGGAAUAUUUACUGAGUAGAAUUGUCCACAAUAAUAUUUUUCUCAACAUCCACAGAGGGACCACCAGCCAGAAGAUUAAAGUGGCGGUGGACGACAUGCCAGACGUCAUCCUCCAGAGCUUCUUCACAAAAAUGGCGAAGAAGAAGUCCUUGAUGAACAUUCCUGAAGACUACAGUGAGCAGGAUUUUGUCCUGCGAGUGAGUGGCAGGGAUGAGUACAUUGUAGGCGAGACACCCAUCAAAAACUUCCACUGGAUAAGACAGUGUCUGAAAAAGGGGGAUGAAAUCCAUCUGCUCUUAGAUGAACCACCGGACCCGAACCAGGAUGAAGUUCAGAAAGAAGAAUGGCCCUUGGUUGACGAUUGCACCGGAGUUUCGGGAUAUCACGAGCAGCUCACAAUCCACGGGAAAGACCAUGAAAGGGUGUUCACCAUAUCUUUGUGGGAUUGCAACCGUAAAUUCAGAGUCAAGAUCAUCGGCAUGGAUAUCCCCGUCUUACCGAGAAACACGGACCUGACCGUCUUCGUGGAGGCUAACAUUCAACACGGCCAACAGCUCCUUUCCCAGAGGAGAACAACCGCUAAGCCCUUCACCGAAGAGGUUCUGUGGAACGUUUGGCUUGAGUUUGACAUCAAGAUCAAGGACCUUCCGAAAGGAGCCUUGCUCACCCUGCAGAUCUAUUGCGGCAAAACUCCCGCGCCAUCCGCCAAGGGUAACCUCCACCCUCACGACUCGCCCUCUUCCGACCCCAAAUACAAAACUCAGCUUCUUUACUACGUCAACCUUUUGCUGAUAGACCACCGCUCCCUGCUCAGAACGGGGGACUACGUCCUUCACAUGUGGAAAAUCCCGGGCAAGGGGGAAGAGCAAGGAAGCAUCAAUGCGGAUAAAUUGACCUCGGCCACUAAUCCGGAUAAAGAAAACUCAAUGGCCAUUUCGAUCGUUUUGGACAAGUACUGUCACCCCAUCGCCUUGCCGAAACACAAGAUAGCGUCCGAUUCCCAGGGGGACAGAGCUAGAGUUGAAAUGCCAAACCAGUUGCGGAAACAGCUGGAGGAGAUCAUAGCUACCGAUCUGUUCAACCCGCUCACCCCCGAAGACAAGGAAUUAUUGUGGCAUUUCCGGUACGAAAGCAUAAAGCACCCCAAGGGCUACCCUAAAUUGCUUAGCUCGGUGAAAUGGGGCCAGCAGGAACAAGUCGCCGAAACUUACCAACUGCUAGCGAAGCGAGAGGCGUGGGACCAGAGCGCUCUGGAUGUCGGCUUGCCCAUCCAGCUUCUGGAUUGCAACUUCUCGGAUGAAACCGUGAGAACGAUGGCGGUGCAGAAGUUGGAAGGCUUAGAAGAUGACGAUGUUCUCCAUUACCUCUUGCAGCUGGUACAGGCAGUCAAAUUUGAGCCUUACCAUGACAGCGCCCUCGCUCGAUUUCUUCUAAAGCGCGGUUUGAGGAACAAGCGGAUCGGACACUUCCUGUUCUGGUUUUUGAGAAGCGAGAUUGCUCAAUCCAUGCACUACCAGCAGAGGUUUGCCGUGAUCUUAGAAGCGUAUCUGAGAGGUUGUGGCAGAGCGAUGCUGAAGGACUUCCUCAGGCAGGUCCAAGUGACGGAGCUGCUGCACAAGGUCACCAGGGAGAUCAAAACCAUUUCUGCAGAGAAGUACGACGUCACCCCGCAAGUCAUCGCGCAGCUCAAACAAAAACUCGAGAGGCUACAGGACAACAGGUUUCCAGAAUGUUUUAGAGUUCCCUAUGAUCCGGGACUGAAAGCAGGAGCACUGGUGAUCGAAAAAUGUAAAGUAAUGGCCUCCAAGAAAAAACCUCUGUGGCUAGAAUUCAAAUGCGCGGAUCCAACCUCUCUCUCCAGCGAAACCAUCGGCAUCAUCUUCAAACACGGUGAUGAUCUGAGACAGGAUAUGCUCAUUUUACAGAUACUUCGAAUCAUGGAGUCAAUAUGGGAAGAAGAGUCCUUAGAUUUAUGUUUAUUACCCUACGGAUGUAUUUCUACAGGGAAUAAAAUAGGAAUGAUUGAAAUUGUAAAAGAUGCUAAUACAAUUGCCAAAAUCCAGCAAAGCACAGUUGGGAACACUGGGGCCUUUAAAGACGAAAUACUAAACCAGUGGCUUAAGGAGAAGUGUGUAAUUGAAGAAAAGUUUCAGGCAGCCGUGGAGCGGUUUGUGUAUUCUUGUGCUGGAUAUUGUGUGGCAACCUUCGUACUUGGCAUAGGAGAUAGGCACAACGACAACAUUAUGAUCACAGGAUCAGGUAAUCUCUUUCAUAUCGAUUUUGGCCAUAUACUUGGAAAUUACAAAAGCUUCCUUGGAAUUAAUAAGGAAAGAGUUCCUUUUGUCUUAACGCCCGAUUUCCUUUUCGUCAUGGGGACAUCUGGAAAGAAAACAAGUCUGCGCUUUCAGAAUUUUCAGGAUAUUUGCGUGCGGGCUUACCUUGCUCUUCGGAAACACACCAAUCUCCUCAUCAUCCUCUUUUCGAUGAUGCUGAUGACGGGGAUGCCCCAGCUGACCAGCAAGGAGGACAUCGAAUACAUCCGCGAUGCACUGACGGUCGGCAAACACGAAGAGGAUGCUAAGAAGUAUUUUCUAGAUCAGAUCGAAGUUUGUCGGGACAAAGGCUGGACUGUGCAGUUCAACUGGUUCCUCCAUCUUGUGCUCGGAAUCAAACAGGGCGUUGAAAAGCAUUCUGCCUAAAUAUGGUAUCAAGGUACAGGUCGUCCUCGACGUACGACCACCCUGGAGCCCAAAAUUUCAAUUGCUAAGCGAGGCAGUUGUUAAGUGAGCUCUGCCCCAUUUCACCAUCUUUUGUUCUGACCCAGCUCCUCAAACACGACAAAUCCUCUGAAGCAAUGGUGGGAUUCAAAAUUUGUUACUACCAGUUUCGUGGGCAUGCUUGGUGGGCGUGGCCAGGGGGUGUGACAGGCAGCACUCGGCCUCCUGCACCCCCUGGGAGCAAAAAUGGGCCGCGGGGGGAUGUGCCGCCCCUCAGUGCCCAGUUUUGGGCGUAGGAGGCCUCCCUGCAAUUAUCUGGGAGCCAAAAAGGGGCGCGUGGGGACUCCGGGAAGGGGCAGGGCAGAAACGGGCAAGGCCAGCCAGCAAUUUAACUACCGGUUCUCCCGAACUGGCUCGAACCGGCUGAAUCCCACCACUGCUCUGAAGUUAACUCAAAGAUUUCUUUAUUAGGAGCGCCAGCAGCCCCGGCAAAAAGUUUCUCUCAACGCCGGCUGACAAGUCCAUCCAGCCGGAAGAUGAAUAGUUGUCUGCCACAUCUAAUCCUCUCCUCCCCUUGCCUUUUAUCCCCAGAGCUAGGGUGGGGCUUCGCUAGCAGUAGUGGCUCUUCCGUCCCGAGGACCGGCCCAUAGAUUUCCACUGCUCUCCUCUCCUCUGCCUUCUGUGCAUUCAGACGUCAGGCACUGGAUCCAGCUGUUCUUCCUCAUCAGCCAUCUCCAGACCUGGGGGCUGUUGACUCUCCAUCUGAGGGCUGACGGACGGCCCAGACUCCGCCUCUGUCACUCUCUCUGCCCGCUCCAUUCCCUCUUCCCCCUCGGAGGUCUCAGGUUGCCUUGAUGCGGGGACCCUGAUUCCCACGCCUUCUCCUCCUCCUCUGAUUUGACUGCGGCGGUCGAUAGACCACAACACCUUUCUUGCCGCCGUUGUUAAGCGAACCCCUGCCAUUUUGCAACCUCCUGCCAAGCAAAGUCAAUAGGGAAGCCAGAUUCACUUAACAACCGUGAAGUGAGGUGAAUCUGGCCUCCCCGUUGUCUUUGCUUGUCAGAAGGUCGCAAAAGGGGAUCGAUUACGUGAUCCCCGGGACUCUGCGGCGGUCGUAAAGAUGAGUCGGUUGCCAAGCGCCCGAAAUUCGAUCACAUGACCGUGGGGAUGUUUGCAACGGUCGUAAGCAUGAAAAAUAGUCGUACAUUCCUUUUUUUCCCACUGCUUUCGUUACUUCGAACGGUCACUAAAUGAAUGGCUUCCUUGCCACAGCUGUUAAGGGAAUCACUGCAGUUCUUAAAUUAGUAAGACGGUUGUUAAGCGAAUCUGGCUUCCCCGUUGACUUUGCUUGUCAAGGGACCAAAGGACAUUGCCAAUAUCAUAAAUGCUUGCCAAGUGUGCAAAUUUUGAUUACGUAAUCCCAGGGAUGCUGCAGCAUCGUAAGUGGGAAAAACAGCCAUAAGUCACUUUUUCCAGUCUCUGAAUGAAGGUUGUAAGUCGAGGACUGAGCCUGUAUAUAAAUCCUUUGCAUAGGGGGAUUUGUUGGUAGUUACUUGAUACGGCUUCCAAAAAUAGUCUACUAUGCCAGCAUUGUCUGUAGGGGAUUGGACUAGAAGACCUCCAAGGUCCCUUCCAACUCUGUUAUGUACGUACUUGACGACUUUAAGACUUGUGAAUUGCCAGCAUAGCUGGCUGAGGAAUUCUGGGAGUUGGAAGUCCACAAGUCUUAUAAAGUUGCCAUAUUUGGAGACCCCUGGUCAGUGGUGGGUUCCUCCCGGUUCGGCUCGGUUCGGUCGAGCCGGUAGGGGUGACGAUAUGACGUCACCGAACCGAUUCUCUUUGUUCGGGAGCUGGGCUCUCCCGCCCCCCCACGUUAUUCUUACCUUUUAUUUGGCCCCGCCCCCAAUCUGUUUGCUGCCUCCCAAGUCCCAGCUGAUUGGCUAAACUCUUGCUGCGGGGCUUCAAAGGGCUGCCCUACAGCUGAUCAGUGUUAAAAGGCAGUGUGGUGGUAGACCGGUGCCUCCAAAAACAAAUGAGUAGACUGGUGCCUCCAAAAACAAAUGAGUAGACGGGUGCCUCCAAAAACAAAUGGGUAGACCGGUACAGCUCUGCAAGCAGUUAAAAGCCUGGUAGACCAGUACCUCUGCUAAAUCCUAAAGAAUUGUCACAUGACCAUUAAACCACGCCCACAAAAUAAGCCACGCCCACAGAACCGGUAGUAAAAAAUUUUAGAACCCACCUCUGCCCCUGGUGUAGUAAAUGCAGUGGGAACUUCAAAAAGUUUUACUACAGUGAUAUUUGGUCUCUAGAAGAGAUACCGUCCAAGGGCUUCUUAUUUUUACCGGAUCUUUAAAAAUGCGAAGGUUAUUUUUUCCCCCAGAAAUAUUUUUUUAAAUAAUUAUUCAAAUAAAUACUAGUGCCAUAAUUCCUGGAGAAACAAGAGGCAUGUCUGGCAAUUAGCUCUAUUUACUGUAUAUAUUUAGUUUUCAAUCUCUUCUACCUAUAUCAAAACACCUUUUACAUUCUUUUAAUAUUCCAACGUGCUCUGUCAGGCCAUUUAAAACUUAACGUUCGAAAAAUAAACAUUACUGAAAAGAUCCAUUUGAUCUACAGACGGUUUAUAUGCUCUAUGGAUUGUGGGCCAAAUCCAGAAAAUUUACAUAUUCAGGGCAGUAUGGUGCUUUGGCUCUUUUUGUAUUUUAUAUUUUUGUUUUUAUAAAAAAGGUAUUUAUUUUCUAAAACGGGGCAAUUCCUCUUUUUACCUCCAUCCUGGUAAUUCACAAGGGCUGUUGCAUUUUUUUGGCAUGGAGAAUCUAUUGUUCUAAUCAAAUUUAUAAUGUGUUCUCUUGAUGGUUAGAACAGAACAAUUAAUUGGUGGAACGACUUGCCUCCAGAAGUUGUAAAUGCUCCAACAUUGGAGGUUUUAAAGAAGAGAUUGGACAGCCAUUUGUCUGGAAUGGUAACCCACACCCAUAAUUCUAUGCACCCCGCCCUGCGUGCGCAACCCCCCUCCCCCCUGCUCGUGGCACGCGAUGGCCCGGUAGGCCCGUUUUUCUUUCCCACUUGGCUCUAGAUCCUCUCUUUGCAUCUGGGGAGGGCAAAAACAGCCUUCCCCACCUCCUCGGAGGCCCUCUAGAGGCCUGAAACGGCCCAUUUUCCAACUCCUGGUUGGACAGGAAGUGACGUUUUCUGCUGUCCCCAGCCUCCAGAGCCUCUCUUUUCGCCCUCCCCAGAUGCACAGAGAGGCUCUGGAGCCAGGUGAGAAAGAAAAACAGGCUUUCUCCAACCCCACCCAGACCCUCCGGAAGCAGGAAACAGCUUGUUUUCCUACUUCUGGUAGGCCCAGAAGGCCCGAAAAUCAGCGGCCGGUGUGUGCAUGCACGCCAGAGCUGAGCUGGCAUGCCCACUAAUAUGGCUACGCGUGCCACAGGUUCGCCAUCACGGGUAUAGGGUUUCUUGCGUGAGCAGGGGGUUAGACUAGAACACCUCCAAGGUCCCUUCCUGCUAGUUUAUUCUGGUAUGAAUUUGACUGACUUGAAUUAUAAUAGCAAUUAUUAUCCCUUGUGCGUACACUUGUUUCUCCAAAGCAAAUACAACUUGAAGUAUAUUUAUUUGUAUGUGUCGUGCAACUUGUCAUCUCAUUAAUAUGUCAAUUAAAAGAAGCAGUAACAUAUAUGAAAAA